CAUCACUCCAUGUGUUACGUUGCCAUGAGAUGGGAUGCAAAUACCUGACUCAAUGCUACACAUAAAGCCCGAGAUUCUGCAAAAGCCAUACCUGGCCAUAUCAUAUCCGUUUUCUCCUUCAGAACUCGACAUUCAGUGACAGCGUCGCGGCAAUCAAUCCGACGGCACAACGGCAGUCUACAGUCUCUUUUUCAGCCCUCCCACCACGAUCUGGUCUCUCCCCCUUUUCUUUCGCUACCGCUAGCCAUCCCUGACCGACCUGUCACUUGGGAAAGGUUCAAGUAACACAACGUGGGCAUACGAACAUGCGCCUGCGUACAGACCCCGCCGGUCCGCAUUCGCAUGCGUAGUGCUCUCUUAAGCUCCCUGACCUCAUGUCUCGAUAUCGAGAUUCAUUCGCUCAUCCCCUUUUAGAUGCCCCUUGGCAACGGGAUGUUACUUUUGAUGCGUCGGAUCGCGGUGUCAUUCUGCUUCUGUCAUCCGACUCGAUAUAGACUUGAGACUUCCAGAUCUGCAAUAUACGGUUUACUACCUCUCUUCUUUCAUCCAUCUGUCCUAUCUUGGCUCUAAAGCAUACUGGUUAUCUCUCCUUUUGUAUCAGCCGGGCAUCGCACGCCCCGUGGUCAGCGACCAGAAUGCACGUCUGAUAGCAAUAUGGUCGAGACUACCCUAUCGAUAGAAAGAUGUGCCCACUUCGGGGGCGAUGUGCAACAUUGCAAGCAGCAAUGAUCAUAGGGGCCGUACCACAAAGCCACGGGAUCCAGCUUCAUUUCAAUCAAGUUCAGAGAAGCGCUGCGUAUCGGCCCUGCUCAAAUCCCGGACCUCCUCUGCCUUCAACUCGACGAUGAUCGGGCUCGUCUCGUUCAUACUCGGCUGUGCAUGAAUAGAUUCGGGAUCGACGUCAACGGGCACCUACCUUUCUUUACCCCAUUUUUUCUGAUUUUCAAGCUCAGAUCAUCUUUAGAUCAUGACAACCUGGGGUAAACUACCAGGUGUUUCUAUAUCCGUUUCUCUGAUGUUUGAUUACUGGUGAUCGUUGACACGCUGAAUUUCCAAGAAGGAGAUAGCAGAUGCCCAAAUCAUCUCCAGACAUUGCAUAUCAAAUAAUGCUAUUGGCUUCAAGAUAUUUACUCAUCUCCUAAUUGGGCUAAUUUGUCCGGGGGUAUUUUGAAUAUAGGAAAAGUCUCGUUACACCAUUCUCAGGGUGCUACCAAGCUAUUGAAUGACAGGCGGAGAAUUGUUCCAGUACUGUCAAAGCACAAAAGAAACUGCAACGAGGUAGCCACGACAUUGGAGAUGCAUAACAACGAGAACCCCGACAUUCCACUUGGACCACAAAGUGCCCACUUGAAGUGGAAAGCUGCAGGAAGACCUCGUGGCAGUCGCAUCGGCCGACGAAUGAGUUGAUCUACGGAAGCAAUCUCUUCGCUAGCCUGCUAUCACAGGUACCAAAAGGCUAGAAGCAGCACAUUUCAUAUUCAACCAUAGCUUGAGGUUUUCUUGCGAAUUUAUAUCCAAAACGGUUCUCAGCUCAGGCGCAAACUAGACCAAAGCUGGGACACAAGAACCCUGGAGUCCCAGGAGAAUGGGACGAGGCCCAAGAGUAUCUCGUUAAAUGUCAGCCUUGGUAGUAAAAUGAACUCACAUCCCGCGGGGCCAAUGUCAAUCUUCCAUUUUAGAUUGCAGGGAUGACGAUGAAGGAGCUGCUUGCUUUUUUGUCCCAGUCCAGUCAGUGCCAUCUAGUUGCAAUCUGCAGCCACAUGAACACAAACCCGCCUUCCCCAAAUACUAAGAUUCUCUCCGGAUCUUCCCCAGCGUCACUGCAGGAGGUUCGCAUCGCAAUUAUCCAUGCAAAAGCAUGCUGCAAUUCGCCUUUGAACGCAAUUGUAGUGUCCAACAUGAGACUUAAUUCUUACCCCGACCCAGAAGUUUCCGAGUUUCUGGUCGACAGAGCAAGAGAGCGCAUUUACUCCAUACAAGAUCCAACACAUUUUCCUCAGUAUUCGUUAGAUUGGUGAGUUUUGCCACAAUAAUAAAUUAUCCCACGCAACUUCCAGGUUGGCAAAAUCCCCUCAUUUCAACCUGUAGGUGUGUGGCGCUUAUCUUUUGCUUUAAAGCACCAAUCAACAACCCAACACCGCCCCGGUUCUGGCCAGUGAGCGCCCCACGAUCUUCCAGCAUGAUGGACUUUCGGCGAACCUCCCUGGUCGUGAGCAGACAUCAACAGGUUGCCUCGAAUUCUCAUAUAUAUGCGUCAUUCGCUGGGCCUGGCUCAACUCGAAAUACCAAUGGAAUUUUGGCAGAGACACCCGCGAUGUGGUGGGAUGAGGAACGGAUUGAAACGACGCUCACCCGUCAGUUCGUCAUGGCGAAUUUGCGACCCGAUGAACAAUUACGACUAGAUGAACCCCUUGGCUUUGGUGAUGGUUUGACGGACGACACAUACAUGGAAUGGAUUGAGCAGAAGGCCAAACGGAUAUUCUUAAUCUUGGUGGACCUUGGAGUACCUGAUCAGAUUUUCGGUGUUAUUGAUGAUUCUUGGGACGACGACGACCUACCCGUUCCAUUGGACAAAGUUGAGCGACUAAGAUUGACCUACGAUCGGGACGAAAGAAUCGAGAAGCGUUUCUUUCAGCGUCAGUUCAUUUACUUGCUGAGAAAUCUGCAAAAGGGAGAGCAGCUUGUGUAUGACCAUGAGGAAGUCGUUCCUCUCGAGUUGGCAGAGAAGCGACCUGUGGGCGCUGUUGCAGGGAUCACACAGAGCAAUAUCGACAAAGUUCAUCUUCCUGGAAGGCCGGAUGAUAUCUUUAUUAGAAGAAAGAUACCUUUGGGAAGCACGCCGGGCCGGAUGCCCAAGGAGGAAUUUCUUUCGGGGGUCGAUACCAUGAAGAAUAUCGAGCAUGAUCACCUGACAUGUCUCUGGACGUCCUACAUCCACCAAGAUAAUGGGUACCUUCUUACUACGCCUGCCAAUGAUAGCUCUUUGAAGUCCUUUCUGACAGUUUCGCCUCAGUCAUACAAAAUUCUCGCUAAGCAGGAUCGUCGCGUACUUUUGAUGAAUUGGCUUCAUUGUCUAGCUGAUGCGUUGGCUUUUCUUCAUAGCAAAGGGGAAUCACAUCAAAACAUCAAGCCCUCCAAUGUUAUGUUGGAUAUCGAUAAUCACAUAUUUCUCAGCGAUUGUAGUGUAUUUGCAUCGGCGGGCCAAAGAGCUGGUUUCGACAAGGAGGCAUACGACUAUUCCGCUCCCGAAAAAGCUCCACGGCACGAAAAGCCUGCACCAGUUACAUCACCACUCACACGAUCCACUACGCGAGGAAGCAUUGCUCGACGCUCUACUGGACCCAGUCAAUCCCCAGUUUCUCCAACGACACCCUACACAGCUACCUUUUCUGAUACGUUGUCAAUACGAACAUCCUCCUCCACUAGCUCAAAUACUCCCAGCUCGACAAACAAGACUUCGUCGAGAUCUUCACAGCAUGUAUAUGAUCCCCAAAAGGCGGACGUAUUUUCCUUAGGUUCCAUCUUUCUCGAAAUACUCACGCUUUUGCUUAAAAGAGCAUCUAGGAACUUCGCAUCCCACCGGGCCUCCAAAAACAAAACGCCUGGUCGUGGUGGCGGAAUGCCUGAUUCUUCAUUCCACAAAAACUUGGGUCAGGUUGAGAGCUGGAUGAAUACCUUAGCAAAGGAUGCAUCUAAAAAGGAAGACAAACUAUUCAGGGGCGUCAAUCACGUGCUGGUCCUCAUUGAUGACAUGCUUUCAGUCAACCCAGAUGAUCGACCAACCGCACAAGAAGUCCAAGAACGUCUGUACGCUAUCCUUUCCGAGAACAGCGGGCUAGGACAACAGGCUUCUGGGCCUGCCGGAGCAAGGAUUCAUUGCGAGACACGGCAACAGGAGCAAAGUCAGUGGGAGUUCGACUUCGACGAGGCACGUCUUGCGUCUCAACGUGCUGCGGCAGCAGCGUGUGCUUCAGUUGCACCUGUUCGGACUCUGAGCGGGACCAUCGAGCCUACCACCACAGUCAUAUAUGGGGUUCCUCCUCCCAUGGCUACAGAGCGGAUCUCGGUACAGAGUGCGCCUCCCUUACCUAGAGGAAGGAAUACCGAAGGCGAUCGAAUGAGUAUCAAUACCCGCACGAGCAAAAGUAGUGAGAAAAGUCGGUCUGGUAGUGGGAAUGGGGGUGGCAAAGUCAAACCUAAAGCCAAACCGUGGCAGGCUCCUGUUUAUGCUGGUUAGUUAUCCUUCUGCAUGCUUCUUGUUCGAAACCACCCUCAUGCUGAUAGAUGAACAGAAAUGAGUUGGGGGUGAUCAUCUUUUGUAGCUGUGGUUACCGGAGAGAAGGGGUUAAGGAGUGGUCAUUUGGAUCGCUUGCUGUUUGUAUAUUACCAGAACAAAAUAUGAAUCAUGAAUCAUGUAGGAGGAGUACGUUAAGAGAGGGGAUUUAAGCUGGAUAUGCUGGAUUUGGGAAGGGGAUUGAUGAAUCUUUGGAAGGGUGUCUUGAUAGGUUUUGUUUGGCGCUGGUGGUGUUUUGAUACCUGUUUUUUCUUGUGAGAUAAGAAUUCGGGGAUGAAUAUUGAACGUUGUGAUAAGGAAGAUUACUUAUUAUGAGAAGCUGAUUGUCUCCUUUUUGUAUGUCAUGAUAAGACUGUAGUUGAAAGUAGUUACGCU